CUCUCUCUAGCGUAUCGACCAAAGAGCAAGCCGCCGGCCGUGGAGAUGGAGGCGACGGGGAAGCAGCAGCGGGAGGAGGCGCUCCUCCGCGCCGCCUCCGCCUCCUCAAGAGUAACCCCGCUUCCUCCUCCUCAUGCUCUUUCUUCUUAGGGUUUGAUGAUUAGCUAGUUGCGUGAUUAGUGCCUGACCUGGCUCCCAAUUCUCGCAUUGCGUGCGUACGCGAAGAGAUGGCGCGCUGGAUGGGGUCAGGGGGACAAGGCGACGCCGACGUACUUGCGGCGGUGGAGGACGGCGAAGGGCGUCGCGCGCUGCACCUGGCGGCCGGGGCGGGCCGGGUCGAGGUCUGCAGGUACCUCGUCGAGGACCUCCGCCUCGAUGUCAAUCAACUCAACUGUCAAGGUCACACGCCACUGUACCUUUCUGCCUAUUUUGGGAGAGCUGCUGCUGCAAGAUAUCUUCUUGAUCAUGGUGCCGAUCCACUAGCUAGGCAUUGUGAAAUGUUAGAAAUGCUGCUUUCAAGAGGAGCCGAUGUGGAUAUAGAUUCUGUACAAGGGACACCAUUGCAUGCAGCUCUUCUUUAUAGACAAGAUGGCACAAUGAAGAUUUUAUUGGAGCACCAUGCCGAUCCUAACAAGGUUUUCGCUAUUGGUUAUACCCCAUUGAGUUGGGCUCUCCGGCCCAUGCCUACAGUGUCAUUGGAAUCUGUCAAGCUACUCAUUGAGGCUGGUGCUGAUGUGAAUUUUAUUGACUUCACUGAUAGUUACGUCAUGUUGGCAGUGAAGUAUGACAUACCUGGCACUGGCAUCUUGAAGUGCUUACUAGAUGCUGGUGCUAACCCCAAUAUUCCAGAUGAAUGUGGUACGACACCAAUUGAACUUGCUGCCUCUAAAGGCCGUAGGGACAUGGUUGAAAUGUUAUUCCCUUUAACCUCUCCUAUUUCAACACUGCCGGAGUGGAGUAUUGAUGGAAUCAUUUCUCAUGUGAAACACUUUGGUUUGAAACCGAUGGUAUGUGUUUAGUUCUAUGCUCGCUUGCCCGUAUGUUAUUUAUCAUCACCCUGUAGUUCUCUUGUUUGGCAGUUCUGCCUAUCAUUUGGAGUAGAAUUAGUUUUAAUUCAUGAUUGUUGUAAACUCCAUUGUGCAAGCAAAACAUUCCAUGCAAAUUUUAGAACCAUGACAUGGUUAGGUUCUGGCCUUCCCGAUGUUUUGGAGCUGGCUGCGAUUGAUUGUAAGGACACUGUUGAUGAGUAAUACAAUUUUUACCCGCAAAACAAAAAAAUCAAUGCAAAUUUUACUUUGGUGCAUUACAUCACUAUGAGCGAACUUCUAUCGUUGG